AUGGACAUUGAUAAAAUAGUUGACUUGCCAAGUAACGUUGAACAAAAUAGUGUUGAAAAUAAUUUAAAAGAAUAUCGAUCAAUGUCAUCACAAACUUAUUCAGCCCCACGAUACACAAUAACAGACUUUAAAUAUAAACCCAAAUCAUUACUUCAUUUUACUGGACUAGAGAAUUAUGAGAAGUUUUUAACAGUUUUAUACUCCUUAGGACCAGGUGUUCAUGAACUGAAAUAUGUAAGAAAAAAUAUACGAAACUUGGAGAUACCCGAUCAAUUGUUUCUUGUUUUAUGGAAAUUAAGACUGUAUCCGAAAGAUAUUGAACUGGAAGAGCACUUUAAUAUAUCUGAAUGUGCUGUGGAGAACAUAUUUAUUUUAUGGAUUAUCUUCAUGUCACAGAGGUGGUCUCUUAUUGAUUUAUGGCCUAAUCGAGAACUUAUAGAUUUUUAUAUGCCAGAUACAUUCAAAAAUAAUUAUCCAACUGCAAGGGUAAUAGUAGAUAGAACUGAGAUUAAAACAGAAGGCUUGAGCAAUCCUGACCAAAAACAGUCAACGUUUAGUCAUUAUAAGAAUGCACCAACUGUCAAGGUACUUAUAGGUGGUAGCCCAGGUGGAUUGAUUACAUACGUUUCACCAGCUUAUGGUGGAUCAAUCAGUGAUCGUCAAAUUAUUGAAAGAAGCAAUUUUCAUAAGAAGUGUCAACCAGGAGAUACUGUAAUAGCUGACAAAGGUUUCAUAGUUCAAGAUAUAUUUGCCCCAUAUAAUGUGACAGUUGUUACACCUACUUCAUUAGUGUCUGGCUCGUUACUACAUAAAACUAUUAUGAAAAAAAAAAGUUUCAAAGCAUAG